GCGCUGCUCUGGAGCAUGCGGUCCUACACCCUCAUCCGGAGGCUGGAGGGGCACCAGAGCAGCGUGGUGUCCUGCGACUUCUCGCCGGACUCAGCGCUCCUCGUCACCGCCUCCUACGACGCCUGCGUCAUCAUGUGGGACCCCUACACCGGGGAGCAGCUGCGGACGCUGCGCCAUGUCCCCCUGCACUCGGCGCUGGACUACAGCAGCGAAGUCCACACCAGCUCCCUGCGCUCCGUCUGCUUCUCCCCUGAGG